UUGCGAAGUAUAUAUAAAUACGAACACGUAUGCUUUUCACAGUUGUUGAACCUUGAGACUACUAGCUAGAGAGAGAAAUAUCCAGGCCGAAGGCGAGAGAGGUCUGAGCGGGGAGACGACGCCCGCGCCAUGGCAGGCGCCACCAACGGCGGAGGCAACGGCGGAGGCGGGAAGGUGGUCAGCAUGCCGCUGCAGUACUUCUGCGUGCUGGCGGCGGUGGUGGUGGCCGUGAUGGUGCUGUCGCUGUCGUUCAUGUCGCCGGCGGCCAUGGUGGCCGUCCGCCAGAACCUCAGCUCUGUGGCGGCCGCCCCCGGUGGCAGCAGCAACAGCAGCGCCGGCGGCGCCGGAGCGGGAGGCGCCGCCGGCCUGGCCAAGGCCGCGUCACCGCCGGCGGGCUGGAAGGAGAAGGAGCAGGAGCAGGAGCAGGAGCAGGCGCGGCGGCCGCCCGUGGUGCUGUUCAACUUCGGCGACUCCAACUCCGACACCGGAGGCGUGGCGGCGGCCGGCGGGAUACGGAUCAUGCCGCCGGAGGGCCGCACCUACUUCCACCACCCCACGGGCCGGCUCUCCGACGGCCGCGUCAUCAUCGACUUCAUCUGUGAGAGUCUGGGCACGCGUGAACUGAACCCAUACCUCAGGGGAAUUGGUUCGGACUACAGCAACGGCGUCAACUUCGCCAUGGCAGGCUCGACGGUGACCCACGGCGUCUCUCCCUACUCCUUGAACGUCCAGGUCGACCAGUUCGUCUACUUCAGGCACAGAUCCCUUGAGAUGUUCGAACGAGGACUGGAAGGCCCGGUGAGCAAGGAGGGGUUUGAGAGCGCUCUGUACAUGAUGGACAUCGGCCACAACGACAUGGUUGGUGUGGCGCACACACCGUCCGAUCAGUGGGACAAGAAGAUCACAGAGAUCGUCGGCGAGGUCAGACAAGCCAUCUCGAUCCUGUACGACAACGGAGCGAGGAAGUUCUGGAUCCACGGCACGGGCGCCCUGGGGUGCCUGCCGGCGCUGGUGGUGCAGGAGACGAAGGGCGAGCAGGACAAGCACGGCUGCCUCGCCGGCGUCAACAGGGCCGCCAAGGCGUUCAACAGGAAGCUCAGCCAGCUCUGCGACGACCUCCGCUUCCACCUCAAGGGCGCCACCGUCGUCUACACCGACAUGUUCGCCAUCAAGUACGACUUCGUCGCCAACCACACCAAAUACGGGAUCGAGUGGCCGUUCAUGGUGUGCUGUGGCAACGGCGGGCCGCCGUACAACAUGAAGCAGGGAAGACCCGGCUGUGGCGACCUGUGCCCACCGGAGGCGAAGGUGGUCAGCUGGGAUGGCGUGCACUUCACGGAUUUCGGCAGCGGCCUUGCUGCCAAGCUUGCGAUGAGCGGGGAGUACUCCAAGCCCAGGGUGAAGCUGGCAAGCUUGAUCCAUGGCGGAUCCAAGAAAACGUCAGACUCUUGAUGCGGACCAUUGACCGAGUCGUGACCUUUGGAUCCACAUCUAUGGAAUGGAAGAUGGGUAGCGGUGAAGAAUUGGAGGGAUAUCUUGCACCAGGCUGUUUCUUGACGAAGAUUGACUCCUUGUACACACUACACAGAACUACUACAGAAGGCAAAGUAGCACUGGGAAUGCUCAGUUACAAGCUUAAGUUAAUUUGCUGUCUUUUUAUUUUGGGAUUUUGUGCUGCAGAGUACAGAGAUUUUGUACCUUGAUGUACGUGUAACUAUUUAUGAUAGUUCUUACAAGCUCCAAAAGGAAAAUAUGAUGUGUCUCGUCAUUUCCUUCUAA